UUCGCUUUUCUACAAUCUGAAGUUAAUAGCAAAAGUGUGGCUAUUGGCUCGAAAUACAAUGAUACAGAGAGAGAAGCGCACGUGGUAAUGUUAAUGCAUGCCUUCCUACCUCUCGCUGUUCUCCUUUUCUUUUUCCUUUUACCAAACUGAGAAUGAUAUUAUUCAAAUACAAAUUACAAAAGGACUCACUCCACCUUGCCUUGCAUUGAGAUCACUGUCAUUUGCCUCUCUUCAUUAACAUUGGCUAAUGAGUUUAACUUCUCUUCUUGCCAUUUUGUUUCCACUGCAAUUGUUUGAUUUGCCUCCUCCUUACACUGUAUAGUUUUUUGGUCUUCCAAUACCCUUUUACUACUCAAAUUAAAUGGUCCAUUCCAGAAUCCAUUUUUCAUGCCAAUAAUGCACUGUUAGGAAUAUGUACGCUUUGGUGAAAGACCUUAACGUUAUGCGUUUCCAGCCAUAUUUCUUUACGAAGCCCAAAUAUUUCUUUCUGUUUCAUAGGUGUUAUUAGUUCUACUUUGAAAGUGCAUUUUUUUUUUCCGGGAAGAUUUUGGCAGUGGAAGGAUUUUAUUCAACGAUAUUUUAUUAUUAUUAUUUAGGGGGUUAGAGGGUGUCGGUCACUUGACGUAACUUGAGUUCAAAAUUAGAGAUUUUCAUAUAUAAUUAUUUACUUAAUUCCAAAUGGUAGAACUUCACCUUCAAUCCUGUGCUACUUUGGUGAAUGCCUCGGCAUUGUGUGGUAUAGAACAAGAAGUGAGGGGAGAUAGUGUCAAUGUUGUUGCUGAGAUUUCAGCUGAGUUAGAAAGGGAAAGGAAGAAGAAUGCGGAGCUCAUGGAGAGAAUAUCAAUGCUCGAAGCUCAGUUAAAAGAAAGAAACAAGGAAUCUCAUCAGGAAAAUCAUCAGCAUGAAGUUGCAAGAAGCUUAAAGAACAUCAAAAGGCAGAAGAUAGAAAUGGUAGAUGAUGGGAAAAAUGGGAGCAGUGUGAAAUGUGAAACUGCCCCCCAGUACAAGCCCGAUGCUGAAGGCAUUAAUAUUCCUAAGGAGAUUGAUCCAGCAAAGCGCUUAAUUAAUUGGAUGAGCAUGGACGAUGGCCAAAAUAUGUAUGCUGAAAAAUUUAAAGACUGCGACUCUGUUGCAGAUUUCAAUGAAACAGAUAGUGAUGAUGCAUGUGAUGAUAAUUUUGAUGAUGAUAUGGAUAAUAAUCGUAGACAUGAGGAAGUUGAUGACACAAAUGAAACGGUUAGUGAACAAAAAGGUUACCAUGUUGACGAGGCAUUAAAUACAACAUGCAUGGGAAACCUUUCUGGUGAUCAUGAAAAUAAAAAGACAAGUUGCAUAUUACUUGCUCCAUUAUCCGAGAAGAGUGAAGUCAAAACACACCAAGGGAAAGAAAUUAAGGAGAUAGCAACAAUUACAGCAGCACUUGAUGUCCCUUCCUCAGGACCUGCACGUACAUCACAGAAUAGAAAGCCUCUAAAGGUAGCUUUCUGCCCAAAAGAAGUUAAAAGGAUAAUCGAGUCUGAAGCCCUUUUACAAAAAAAUGCUCAGUCUCACACUAUAAGGAAAAUUUUAGUUUUUGCAUCACUUGGCAUAAGGCACGGAUGUGAGGAUAUGUACGAGCUGGACUUCAAUCAUUUUAGCAUUUUGAACAAAGGAGAACCAUAUGUGUCUUCAAGGAACCCUGGGGAGCAUGUUUUAUAUGAGAAUCCAGGUGUUCGGAGGAAAAUAUUUUUUCCAAAUCGAGAAAACCCCGUAUUAUGCCCUGUUCAGAUACUAGAAGAAGAAAGGGUCAUGCGUCCAUCUGAUGCUAGUUGUCCAUCAUGGUUAUUCUUGUGCAUUAAAUAUGGUGGAAGGACAAGAAAUCUUCCUCAAAAUGAAUAUGUGAGGCAGCGGAUGGGAAGAAACAAACUGAAGUCUUUUGGGCCACUUAUGUGCCGAAUGGCAAUGUUGGUUCAUAAUCGCAGUGGAAGCUUUUUCUUCAAGGCAUUGGGUAUCACACUCCUGUUUAUGGCAGGAUUUCCUGAUGAUCUAGUUCAGAGAGAAACAAAAUACCGUAACUUGGACUUACUUCAGAAAUAUUACAGAACUGAUGAGGAUGCUGAGGGGGAGGAGUUGUUUCUUCCAAAUUCAAUCGCAUGUGACAAUCAGGGUACUCAUGAACCCCACAAUUUAACUAAAAAGACAGUUGCUGCAAAAUCCAAGGGAAGAAAGCACACUAAUGCAAUCAUCAAGUCACAUAAUUCACAAAAGACCCCAUCUCAACAGGCAAAACCAACAAGUUCAGCAGCCACUCAAUUUGGUUUAACUGGCUAUUCUUCUGCUUACACAUAUGCAAUGGCAGCAUUUCAUUCAAUGCCAUCUCAGAUCUCUUCGCAAGACACUUCUCACAUGCCAAAUCUAGCUCUUGCCACUUCCAGUACUAAUAAUCAUUCUAUGCUGCCACCUCAGCCAGCAAAUACAUUUGUACCAGUUAUGUAUUGGCCUCCACCAAAUGCAUUUUUUCCUGGACCCUAUCCUUCCACAUAUGGAUACCACUCUUUUCCUUCUGCGGGAAAUUACAUGUCAUUCCAAACACAGCCUCAUUACAAUCACCCAAACAUGUUAGAAGGCAGUGGAAAGAAUGAUUUAGCAUCUGAUGAAAGUGACAGUGACUCUGAUAGCAGCAAUUCAGGGUGUAGCGAGAGUAAGGAGAGACCGGCAUUUCACAAAUAAUGGACUCAUUGCUACAAUGACACGCCAUAACAUAAACCAUGUACUUGCAAUGUAAUCAUUUUGUAGAUGAUUGAAGUGGCAUCAUGCAUAGAUUUUUUGUGCAGCUUGUGACUAAAACUUAUGUGUCUUAAUGUGAUUAUGAAUCUCUGAUAUAUAUUGAACACUCAUUUCCUCCCGGAAAUACAAUCCGAGGGUUGUUCCAAUUUCUCAAGGAUGUUUGGUUUUUCAA